ACACCUACUACAUCUUUCUCUCUUCCUUCCAUUUUCCUCUUCUUUGUCAAAUUCUCCACCUUUUUAUUUUAUAUUUUAAUAAUCACAUUUCUUAUUCAACUCUACCUUGGAAAAGUAGUAAAAUUUUCCCAACAAAAAAAUAAUAUUGAUUCUUGUUUCUCUUCUCUUAUACUCUCAACUUUCUCAAAUUAUCAAAAACAAAUAGGACCAUAAUAUAUCAAGUCUUGUAAUUUUUAUUUUAAUUUCUAUUUUCUAAUAUUAAUUUUUAUUUUAAUUUUAUAUUAAUUUUAAUUUUAUUUUUUAUUUUUAGGGUAGUCUAUUGCCACAUUUGUUGUUCACCCGCCCCAAGUUUAUAGUAAAUUUGUUUCUAAAUCUCUUGAAAAUCACUUCAAUCUUCUUCUUCACAUAGUCGAAGAAAAAAGCGGAGUUUUUUUCGGAAUUAGUUUUCUUUUUAGUUUUUUUUCGAUUUUAUUACGUAGAAAGUUUGAAUUUCUGCGAUUUUUAUUUACUAAUCGGAAAUCCAUUGAGUAUAUUAUAUUCUAGUGAGAAUCUGAUUUGAUCGAAUGAUACCCUGAUUUUCACGCAUUUUGAAAAUUUGUUCAUCUGGGCAAUGAUAUUUUGAGUUUUUGACAUUUGGGUAUUGAUUAAAACAACCUUAUAAGAUCUGGGUUUGUGAGUAUUCAAUCAAAAAUGACCUCAAAAUCAGGUGGUGGUCAUGGGCUUGAUAAUUGGAGGGAUUUUUUUAGAAAAGCAAAAAACUCUGAUAUAUUUGAUAUAAUUGAGAAUUCAAUAAUGGUGGCAGCAUCAGAUUGUCCAGAAGAGUUCCGAGUUAGGAGAGAAAGAAUCGCUGAGUUACUCUUUACAUGUAGAUUGACUCGGUGUUUAGGGUGUGAACGAGUUGAGUCAGCUGUUUCUGAGGUUGAUGAUGUUAAUCAUGGUGAUGUUAAGGUCGUAAUUAAAGGGGUUGAUCAAUUUAAUCAUGAUGUUGAUAAUCAUCAUGUUAAUGGUGGUGAUGGAAGUAAAGAAAGUAAGGUUAAUAGUACAAUUAGGGAUAAUUAUGAUCAUAUUGAUCAAGUUGUUUUUGGUGAGGAUUUGUUGAAUCAUGAAAGUAAUUUUAGUUAUGGUGAUGCUGAGGCUUUAACUGAUGCAAUUGAAGAAACUAAUGGAAUAAUUGAAGAGGUUUUUAGGAUCAAAAAUAUACUUCUUAAUAACAAAGAUGAGUCUGAUUCAGUGUUGUUUGAGUCCUUAAGGAGGUUGCAAUUGAUGGCUUUGACUGUUGAUAUCUUAAAGACGACGGAAAUUGGAAAGGCGGUUAACCGGAUUAGGAAACAUAUUUCGAAGGAGAUUCGUCAACUUGCUCGACAAUUAAUAGAUGGAUGGAAGAUUCUUGUUGAUGAGUGGGUGAAAGCCACCCAAGAGCUUGCAGGAGGUACUCCUGAUUCUGUUAACCCAUCCACACUUGAUGAAGAGGAAGGGCUUCCUUCUCCUCCUCUCGAUGAAGGAGCAUUUUUCUCUACGCAAGCUAUGGAUUUUACACAGUUCUUCGAUGGCAUGGAUGAUGAUGGAAAUCCUCGAAACUGUGGGGAAUUCAACAAGAACCGUGAUGUUCGAGAAGUUGGAAGAAAGCCCGCUAUGGCUAAGCAGGACCCUCCAAAGUGGAGAGAAGAACCUCCAAAACAGGCGAUUCCUCUUGCAAGGGAUAACAAGGUGCAACAACCCAAAAGGCCCGAGCCUCUUCCAAAGCUAAGCAAGACCCCGAACACACAAUCUGGCCCCGGUAGACCUAUAAAACUUAUCGGUGAAUCAAAAAUGGUAAAAGAACCAAAUCCUCAGCAGAAAUUUAGGAAGCCCUUGGACCAAAGGAGACCACCUCCUCAACAUGAGAAAGCACAAUCCUCGAGCGAGAUUGCUGUCCAAGAAAAACUCGAAGCCACAAAAAGGAAACUCCAAGAGCGGUAUCAACAUGCCGAAAAUGCAAAGAGGCAGAGGACCAUACAAGUAAUGGAGAUACAUGACCUGCCCAAGCAAGGGCUUUCGAAACCAAAUCCGUAUGCUAAAUUUGGCAACAACCGGAAUUGGGCGAAUGGAAGGAGAUGAUCUGCGCGAGACUUCUCUACCGGCUAAUUAAAUAGAGGCGACGUUUUCCCCUACACAGUGUCUGACAUGCGUGCGUUUAUUUCGAGAGUUAGCCAAUUGUAAGUGUGGCAGAAGCUUGAGCUUCAAAACGCUCCGAAAUUUCCGAUGGAUGAAUCCUCGAAUGGUCACCAAGUUCGGCUAUUCUAGCAGGGCGUAAGGUCUCCACCUCUCGGGAAAAUUUCUUUCUUGUGCACUUGAUUUAGCAGUCAUUUGAACAUCUAAUUGUUAAAGAGUCCUGAUAUAACUUAUGUUUCAGUGACUGUUUGCUACAUAAUUUCUUUGUUCCAUAGCCUGGAUGGUACAUGAAAUUUGUGCACAAAAAAAUAAGGUCCAUUCUGAUAAAGCUCACAUAGACAUGUAACCAAAAUAAAGUACAUGAGGUAUUUACUUCACAAAUAUUAUAUAUAUAUAUAUAUAUAUAUAUAUAUAGAUGUAUGUGCAGUUUCUGACAUCUGUUACUUGUUAGCGAUGAUCUCUUACAUUGAUUUAUCUAAUUAUUUUUAUCGAUGAUCUAUUAAGUUGAUUUUAUCUUUUUAUGUAUACACAAUGGUGUUUUCUGUUGAGUUAUUUUGAUUCAUAUUGUUAAGAUUAAGCGCACACGCAUGUAUAUGAUGGGCGGGUUGUGAACUCUCAUAAAAAGGAAAAAAUUAAAAAACAUGUAACUAAAUUUGAAUUUAUUGUUAUUUAUGAGUUGGAAAUAUAGAAUAAGCAAUGCUUAAGAUGCUAAAAUUGUGAGCUAUCUUUAAUUAGGAAGGGGUAAAUUAAUGAACAACAUUAAAAAGAUUUAGAAAAUGUAAAGAAAAGCAAAUUAUUAAUCUCCAUUAAUAGCAGUUGCAAGUGUCGUUGGUAGACUUAUCUGCCACUAUGUGGGACCUUUUGUUGCAACUAAUUCUUUUAGCAUAAAUAACUUUUUUCCCUAUUUUAUGCUCAGGUGGUUUAAAAUUUAUUAAAAAUU